AGGUUUGAUAUAUUAAUGACUGGUGGUCUAGAUUCUGACUUUUCGGUCAACUGCGGAGGCCCACAACUACCGUCUGUUAGCGGAGAAGUAUUUGAGAGGGAGGACGAGGAUCUUGGAGCAGCUUCAUUUUUCGUGAGUGAUGUUCAGAGAUGGGGAGCAAGUAGUGUAGGACUUUUUGCCCAGAGUAUUAGUAAUAUAUGGGUUGUUAACGCUUUGGACUCAGACCUUUUUCCGUCCGCAAGAAAAUCUUCAUCUUCCCUAAGGUAUUAUGGGUUGGGGCUUGAAAAUGGAGUCUAUACCGUAACACUUCAGUUUGCUGAAAUACAGAUUAUUGGUUCUAACACAUGGAAAGGUUUAGCAAGACGACUUUUUGACAUUUAUGUCCAGGGAAGACUUGUUGAAAAGGAUUUUGAUAUACGCCGAAUAGUUGGUGGUGACGCUACUGUCGGAGGUGUUCAGAAAGAUUAUAAAGCAAAUGUAUCAGAAAAUUACCUUGAAAUUCAUCUUUUAUGGGCUGGCAAAGGAUAAAUUGG